CUCUCUUUUCUUUUUCUUCUCUCCAUAUAUACGCUUUCGCCUUUCUUUCUUCCUCCUUCUUCCUCCUUACCUGCUUCUCUAUGCAGAGAAAUAUGGUUAUCAACCUCUCUUCAUUUCACCUUCUCUUUUGUGAAAAUGAACGCUACUGAAACCAAUCUCAACUGAACUGGACUUUCUUCUUCUUCCAAGAAGAUAACAAUGGCGAUACAGAGUAGUACUCCUCCCUCUCUGCUAGACCAUCUGUAUUGCCUGGAAGAAAGAUGGGAAGAAGUUGAAGAAGCUGCUGAAGAAGCUUUCCAGAGCUUCCCAGGCUCUCAGCUUUUCUUGCUCGAACAGGAUUUGUUCUGGGAAGACGAAGAGCUCCUCUCUCUAUUCUCAAAAGAAGAAGAACAACAGAGUCGUUUCAGUUUUAUCAAUGUCGAAAAAAAUGAUUUUCUAGAUGUGGUUCGUAGAGAAGCUGUGGAUUGGAUAAUGAAGGUCAUUUCCCAUUAUGGGUUCACCACUCUCACUGCUAUUCUCGCCAUUAACUAUCUCGAUAGGUUCCUCCGUACUCUCCAUUUCCAACGAGAGAAGCCAUGGAUGAUUCAGCUUGUUGCAGUGACUUGUCUUUCUUUAGCUGCAAAAGUUGAAGAAACCCAAGUCCCCCUUCUCUUAGACCUUCAAGUGGAGGAGACCAGGUAUAUUUUCGAGGCUAAAACCAUUCAAAGAAUGGAGCUUUUGGUCUUGUCUUCACUCCAAUGGAAAAUGCACCCUGUAACUCCACUUUCCUUUCUUGAUCACAUUAUGAGAAGACUCGGCUUAAAGACAAAUCUCCAUUGGGAAUUUCUCAGAAGAUCUGAGCGUCUUCUUCUCUCUCUAGUCUUCCAUUCAAGAUUCGUUAGUUAUCUUCCAUCUGUACUAGCUACUGCUACAAUGAUGCAUGUUAUAGACCAAGUGGAGCCCUUUAACUCCAUUGAUUACAAAAACCAGCUUCUGGGUGUUCUUAAAAUAAACCAGGAGAAGGUUAAUGAGUGCUACAAUCUGAUCCUCGAGCUCUCGAGGACCCACGUCAAUGGCGGAUACAAGCGAAAGCGGACGAGGGAGGAAGAUGCAGAAACCGAGCCUAGCAGCCCUAGUGGCGUGAUUGAUUUGGCGUUUAACAGUGACAGUUCAAACGAUUCUUGGGCAGUGGAGUGUUCAGAAACAGAGCCUCGUUUUAAGAAGAACAGAGCCCAAGAAAUGGUUGCCAAACGAGCCUUUGUCGACAUUGUUAGUCCUUAGAUGGUAGACCAGACGUGUGAAAUUCCAAUAAUACCCUCGGAUAGGGCAACUUGGUGUAGCGAUCUGAAAGGGGUAGGAGUGGAAUUUCACUAUGUCAAGAGACAAGAGAAGAAGAGCAUUUAAGAAUUGUACGCCCCCUCUGUUCUGGGUUUUCUUCUCUUUUCUCUGUUUUUCUAUUUGAAGUUUGGUCUUUUCAGGGCAAAUACUUUUUAAUAUGGAACAUAUAUAUAUAUAUUUAUUAAUAAUAUUUUAAUAUUUGUUUAAUAAA